CGGCCCCGGCGCUGACGGCGGCGGCCCGGGGGGCGGCGUGGACGCCCGCGGCGCCGGCUGGGGCAUCACCGCCGGCCUCGACCCCGAAAUGGCGCUGCUGGCCGAGCACCUGCUGAAGCCGCUGCCCGCGGACAAGCAGAUCGAGACGGGACCCUUCCUCGAGGCGGUGUCCCACCUGCCGCCCUUCUUCGAUUGCCUCGGGUCCCCAGUGUUCACUCCCAUCAAGGCAGACAUAAGUGGCAACAUCACGAAAAUCAAAGCUGUGUACGACACCAACCCGGCCAAAUUCCGGACCCUGCAGAACAUCCUGGAGGUGGAGAAGGAAAUGUAUGGGGCAGAGUGGCCCAAAGUGGGGGCCACGCUGGCGCUGAUGUGGCUGAAAAGAGGCCUCCGCUUCAUCCAGGUCUUCCUCCAGAGCAUCUGCGACGGGGAGCGGGACGAGAAUCACCCCAACCUCAUCCGCGUCAACGCCACCAAGGCCUACGAGAUGGCCCUCAAGAAGUACCACGGCUGGAUCGUGCAGAAGAUCUUCCAGGCAGCGCUGUAUGCGGCCCCCUAUAAGUCCGACUUCCUGAAAGCGCUCUCCAAGGGGCAGAACGUAACAGAGGAAGAGUGCCUGGAGAAGGUCCGUCUCUUCCUGGUCAACUACACGGCUACCAUCGACGUCAUCUACGAGAUGUACACCAAGAUGAAUGCCGAGCUCAACUACAAGGUGUAGGCGGGCCCGGUGGCCACGCGCACCCCAGCACGCGGCCACGCGCAGCCACAGGCCAACCCGAAUCACUGUGAAUUGCGCUGGCGGGCCGCCCGGC